CAGAAGUUGGUGUAUAUACUUAAUCGCGACUCGGCGGCCAACCUGACAAUAUCAUCCCCUCUAGAGGCGCAUAAAUCGCACACAUUGGUACAUCACUGUAUAGGUUUAGACGUUGGUUACGAGAAUCCAGUGUUCGCUUGUUUAGAGGUUGAUUAUUCGGAGGCGGAUCUUGAUUCAACCGGCGAGGCAUUCAAUAGUACUGAGAAGAUGUUAACAUAUUAUGAAUUGGAUCUUGGUCUUAAUCAUGUGGUGAGAAAAUGGAACGACCCGGUUGAUGCAAGGGCAAACAUGCUAUUUGCUGGGGUAUUGGUCUGUUCGGAAAAUUUCAUAACCUACAAACACCAACGCGUGCCCGAACUUCGGGUUCCCAUACCACGUCGCAAAAAUCCACUGGAGGAUUCGUCACGUGGGCUAAUAAUUGUUGCCGGUGUGAUGCACAAGAUGAAAGGUGUCUUCUUUUUUUUGCUUCAAAGCGAAGAAGGCGAUAUUUAUAAAGUAACUCUUGAUUACGAGGAUGAUAAGGUGAACGCCAUUAAAAUAAAGUAUUUUGAUACCGUGCCUAUCGCGGCGUCAUUAUGUAUACUAAGAGCUGGUUUCUUGUUUGUAGCUGCCGAAUUCGGGAAUCAUCGGUUAUAUUCGUUCACAAGUCUCGGUGAUGACAACAAUGAGCCGGAAUGGUCCAGUAACGAUUUUAUGGAUACGGAUUCCAACAAUGUGGCGUUGGCAUAUUUCACACCAAGGGAGUUGCAAAAUUUAGAGCGUGCCGACGAAUUGGAGAGCUUGAAUCCAUUGAUUGAUGCCAAGGUGUUAAACCUUACGGACGAAGACACACCACAAUUGUAUGCCUUGUGCGGCCGAGGUGCAGGGUCGACCUUCCGAAUAUUGAGACAUGGACUUGAAGUAUCCGAGAUGGCUGUUUCUGAAUUACCCGGUAAUCCUAAUGCCGUGUGGACGACGAAAUUAAGAACUGAUGAUGAAUUUGACGCGUAUAUAAUCGUGUCGUUUGUGAACGCGACGUUGGUACUAUCUAUCGGCGAGACGGUGGAAGAGGUAACUGACACCGGUUUCCUCGCCACUACGCCUACCUUGGAUGUUCAUCAGCUUGGUGAAGACGCAUUGCUUCAGAUAUAUCCCCAAGGUAUAAGGCAUAUACGUUCCGAUCGUCGCGUAAACGAAUGGAAAACCCCGGGAAAUAGAGCAAUAGUUAAAGCGGCCACUAACAAGCGUCAGGUGGUCAUAGCCUUAACUGGCGGAGAACUUGUCUACUUCGAGCUGGAUAACCAAGGACAAUUGAAUGAGUAUCAAGAACGCAAGGAAAUGGCAGCCAAUGUAUCGUGUUUAAGUAUUGGAGAAGUUCCAGAAGGAAGGCAGCGAUCGAGAUUUUUGGCUGUGGGUUGUGAUGACAAUACUGUUCGUAUCCUUUCCCUUGAUCCCGAUAAUACGUUGGAGACUCUCAGUACACAGGGUCUGAACGUGCCACCUCAAUCCCUGUCCAUAAUUGAGAUGAUGGAUAUUGGUACUGACGCAUCGCACGGAACCCUUUAUCUGAAUAUCGGAUUACAAAAUGGAGUCUUACAACGCACUGUGCUAGAUACGAUUACUGGUGCACUGACUGAUACCAGACAAAGGUUUUUGGGAGCUCGGCCGGUAAAGCUCUUCCAAGUUAAAAUACAAGGCGCUCCCGCCGUUCUGGCAUUAUCAAGUCGACCUUGGUUGAGUUACACCUUCCAAUCGCGCUUAAAUCUUACGCCACUUUCUUACGACAUGUUGGAGUACGGCUCAAAUUUUACUUCGCCACAAGUUCCCGAAGGCAUCGUCGCCAUUUCCGCAAACACUUUGCGAAUUUUCGCCGUUGAAAAGCUUGGCACUGUGUUUAAUCAAGCUUCGAUCCAACUUAAGUACACCCCACGUCACUUUGUCCUUCAUCCACUUUCAAGAAACUUUGUUGUUAUCGAGAGUGAACACAAUACACAUUCUCCAAUGGAAAGGGAAAAGGCUCUAGAGGCCAAAGCAAAAGAUGGAUCGCAAGUUGAUCCAAGCUUUUUGGAUUUGACACCAGAAACAUUUGGACUACCCAAAGCCGAGGUUGGUAAAUGGGCAUCAUGCAUUAGAGUGAUUAAUCCGUUUCAAGGGGAGACAGCGUCACUAAUUGAGCUGGAGGAGAAUGAGGCAGCAUUCAGCAUUGCUACUGUAACUUUUCAUGGUCAAAACAAUGAACUAUUCCUUGUCGUUGGAACUGCAAAGGAUGCGAAUUUAGCACCACGCACUUGUUCGGUAGGUUACUUGCACGUUUACCAAUUUGCGGACGAAGGGAAUUCUUUGAAAUUAGUUCACAAGACUCAAUGUGACGACGUGCCUUUAGCAUUAUUGGGAUUCCAGGGCAGACUUCUUGCCGGUGUGGGUAAAGCAUUGAGAAUAUAUGAUCUGGGGAAAAGAAAACUUUUGCGAAAAUGCGAAACAAAGGAGGCAGUGCACUAUGCUUCCUACAGGCAACACGAUAAUCGCAUUAUCAUUUUUGCCGAUGAUACUACGCCCAGGUGGAUAACAACCACCGUCAUGAUAGAUUACGACACGAUUGCUGGUGGUGACAAGUUUGGAAACUUUUUCGUUGAUCGCCUACCCGCGGAAACAAGUGAGGAGGUGGACGAAGAUCCCACUGGUAACAAGAUAAUGUAUGAAAAAGGAUAUUUGAUGGGUGCCCCUCACAAGGUGUCGAUGGUUGUCCACUAUCAUGUGGGAGAUAUCAUAACAUCACUUCAUCGGACGACACUCGUGGCCGGAGGACGUGAAAUUCUAGUAUACACUGGGAUAAUGGGAAACAUUGGAGUGUUUGUACCAUUCUUGACGCGGGAAGAUAUUGAUUUCUUUCAAACCCUUGAAAUGCACAUGAGAAAUGAGUCCCCACCACUGGCAGGCCGCGAUCACUUACAAUAUCGAAGUUUCUAUGUCCCGGUGAAGAGUGUUGUUGAUGGAGAUUUAUGCGAACAAUAUAAUCUAUUGCCCAUGGAAAAGAAAAGGAUGAUCGCCGAAGAGCUGGACCGAACACCAGCGGAAAUUCAAAAAAAGAUUGAGGAUAUGAGGGUGAUGGCAGCAUUUUAA